AACCAAUGAAAUAAUAGCAUUGACGUCUCAAGAUCGUGCUUAAGAUGGGUCUUAAGUAAAAUUCGACUAUGAAUACCGGCCUUAAAAUAAGACUCAAAUAUGAAUACCGGGCUAUGAAUAUUGGUCAGGUAUUCAAUAACGACAAGAUUACAAGAUCACCUUAAUAUUUAUAUACGUCCUCCUGACCUUGGCAACAUCAAAGUCAAAAUCAUAUUUUUUCCAUUAUUAAUAUCCUAUCUACAAUUUUCAUCUGAAACAUUUUUCCAUAUCUAAAUCUAAAGCCAUUUCCGAGACUUAGGAAAUAAGUUAGUAGAGACGCUCUGUUUAAAAAUAAAAAUAUUAAUUUUUUUCCAGUUUACACUAUUUUAAUUAUAACAUAAUAUAAAAAUCAAAUAAAGGCAAACGAGCAUUGAGAACGCAGUACUUAUAUCCAUAAAUAUACUUAUAUUUUCAUAAUAACUCUUCAAAAUUGACGAAUUAGCUUUUUAAUACAAAAGGUUCUAUAUUUCUAAAAAAAUUAUUAUUGCUUUUCACAUUUUUACUCCUUCAGAAAUACAGAAUCGACCACCUAAAUCUAUAUUUAAAUCCAAAAGUUUGAUUAUUUCAAUCAGUAGUAGAACAAAAAUAUACAUUGCAACGAAUAUGCUCAGAUCAUAAAAUGUUAACAUAUUUAAUUGUAAAAGCAUUGUUAAAAUUCGGAUUGUCAGAAUAAGUAUAAACGUGUCAAAACCUAUAAAAAAUAACAUAACCGUGUUUCACUUUUAAUCGCGCCGCUUGCUUUUAUCUAAUUUUGUAAAAUUCCAAGAGUCUAUUUUAAAAAUAGUUAUACAUUUAUUUUGAUACUUACUAAAAUAUUAUUUUCAAUACUUUCUUCUCACCUUUGAUUUAAUAAUAAUCAAAUUAUAUUGAUAAUCUGUAUCAAUAAUAAAGACAAACCGCGGCCAUAAACAAUCUGUCAACAAUAAAGACAUCAUCCAAACGGCUAUAAAAUUUCUAAAGCUGUGUUCGCAAACGCUAGAAAUAAAAACCUUUGAUUGGUUAAUUCUCUUAUGCGUUAUACAUUAGGCUAACAUUUCAUGUAUCGUACGACAAGUUAAUUAGACUUUUCAAUUGGCGAUAAGAUAGAGCAUUUCUAGAAACUCGGAAAUCUCUCUAAUCUAUGACCAAUCGAAAACGUCCAAUCAGUUGGUCGUACAACACAUGAAAUAUUAGCUUUAUGCGUUAUGAAAAAAUCUGUGCCGGGCCCCAGAAAGUGAAAAGAUGGCGGUUAAUGAAGACGUAAUGUAAGUACAUCAUAUUGUUAAUAUUACAAAUAUUUAAGAAAUAUACACAUUCUUAGAUAUCUAUACUAAACUAAAGAAUAAAUUUAUUUUCAGAAUGAUGGAGACGGACUUGUCCGGAGACGAGAUAAUUGCACAUGCAGCUUCUGAAAUAGAGAAGCUGCAUGUGCAACAAACGACGAAUAUGCCGCCAACGGCGGCGGCGGUGGCAGGACCCUCGGCAUUGGCUCCGCCACCACCACCACCACCGCCGCCGACGGCGCCGACGACGUCGGCCCCACUACCUCUACCAUCGCCGCCGUCGACAUCGGCCCCACCAUCGUCGCAGUCGCCGUCGACAUCGGCCCUACCACCACCACCGCCGCCGACCUUACUAUCAACAAUACCGUUACCGCCGCCGCCACCGCCGAUGGCGACGGCGACGGCGACGGCGGCGGCGGCGGCGGCGGCAGCGGCGGCGUCAGCCCCACCGAUGUGGUGGGCCCCAUGGAUAUGGCCGUGGGGAAUUAUGUCACCGUCGACAUCGGCCCCACUAUCAUCGCCGCCGUCGACAUCGGCCCCACUACCAUCGCCGCCGUCGACAUCGGCCCCACCACCACCAUCAGCAUUGUUGCCACAGCAAUAUACAAGACCUCCUCGCUGGCAACGUGGAAAUAAAAAAUUUAAAAAAAGAGGCGGCGGGCAAAACCGCGGGAGAGGCCGUGGGAGAGGCCGUGGGAGAGGCCAAAACAUAUAUAUUACGUACCAAUAAAAAAGCACCUGUCCUGGGACAAAAACUCGCGCGCGUACAGUUGGCCGUGCCUCUUGAUAUAUUUUAAUUAACUGUAUUUUAACUUUUUUAAAUAAAUAUUAAGCAUUCACAUAAACACAUCACUGUGCAGUUUUGAAUUCACGUGGCCCGCAUUUUCCUUUCCAUAAGUAUAUAGGGAACAAGAAUAGCUAUUGCGGCUACUCCAGUCCACAGGUCUGGCGCAAGGAGAUGGAUCUGAGUGUGCCAUGUGCAACCUGGAGAUACGCUUACUGGAGGGUGAGAUUAGUAUUAAUAAUUUGCAACAUCAGUGAACGCGAGUCAAAAAAUUUUGAUCUAUUCGUGCAUCCAUGUGGGAGGAGUAUUUUCAUGGAGCAUUGCAAGUAAGCUAUCGAGAGCAGGUAUACCUUGAAAGUCUUCUGUGAAGGGCAGAUCAGACCUUUGAAGAACAGCAGUUGCGGUACAAUAUUAUAUUUAGACAGCAUACAGUUUUACAACCUAACUUAAAGAAUACUGUCAAAUGCGUUGCCUCAGCUAUUUAGUAUCAUAUUAAGAAUAGAACCUCGCAGCAAUAGAUCAAUAUAUUUGAUAAGAAACUGCACUCAUUAACAAUAAUAUAUCACUUCUGUAAAUCAGUGAUCAUAGUAUGAAUCUAUUUCUACCUUUAUUUCUGUAUAUAUCUACUAUAUAAUUUUUUUCACUUUCUUUUAUUUAAAAUUCUACAGUCUUAAAUUCGAUCCCCAGCUGUUCAACGUUGAAUGAUGGUACAGAUUUAACUAUGUAAGUACUUAUAUAGUCAAACAUAUCUAUGCUUAAAACAGUAUCUAACAGUAUAAAUCUAUCUUUCAGAAAGGUGGUGUUUCUGAUGAUUAUGAUAAACUUAAUUCAGAGCAUAAGCCAAUAUUCUAAAAACAUUGUUUAACCACUUAGCUCACCACUGACUAUGCUAUUAUAACGUUAUACUUUGAACACUUACUUAUGUAGAAAGAAGAUGCUGUAGAUGCUGCAAUUUAAUAUAAAUCUUUCUUCCAGUGUAUAUACCAAAUUACUUAUUACUCUCAAAUGUAAUUUUUAUGAUGUAAGAAAAUAAUAGUUUAAAGUUAAUAGCAUUGAUUGUAUUAAGUUAACAUAAUCUGGAGCAUAAGCAGAUGUAUAAAUUUAUUAAGACAUUGUUGUUUAACGUCGUUUAGCUCACCGCUGACGGUGCCAUUAUUACUAUUAUUACAUUAUUAUUAUUUAUUUUACUUAUAUUAUAUGCCAAAUAUUAUUUCUUGUUUUAUCAAUAUUUACAAUAAACUGAAUGAAAAGUGAAAUGAGAUACAGUAGAAACAACAAAAUCUAUAGAAAGUGAUAUUUGACAUAUGAGUAAAAUAAAUAAUAAUGUAAUAAUACUAAUGUUGUAAUGGCACCGUCAGCGGUGAGCUAAGCAGCGUUAAACAACAAUGUCUGAAUAAAUUUAUAUAUCUGCUUAUGCUCUGGAUUAUGUUAACUAACUUUAAACUAAAGAAUUUUCAUUAUCAUUAUUUUCUUAAAUCAUAUAAAUUACAUUUGAGAGUAAGUAAAAUUUGGCAUAUACACUGGAAGGAACAUUUAUAUUAAAUUGCAGCAUCUACAGCAUCUUCUUUCUGCAUAAGUAAGUGUUCAAAGUAAACCAACGUUAUAAUAACACAGUCAGUAGUGAGCUAAGCGGCGUUAAACAAUAUUCUUAGAAAUUUAUAUAUCUGCUUAUGCUCCGGAUUAAGUUUGUCAUAACAUCAAAAACACCAUCUCUCUGAAAGAUAAAUUUAUACUGUUAGAUACUGUUUUUAAGCACAUAUAUCUUUGAUUACAGAGUUAAAGAUAGAUACUAUUUUUAAGCACUGCAUGAUGUAUGGAAAUUUUUUUUAUCUGUAUCAUCAUUCAAUCGUUAAACAGCUGAAAUCUUAGGAUCAAACUUAUUAAGACUAUGGAAUUUUAAAUAAAGAAAAGUGAAAAAAAAUUUCAUAGUAGAUAUAUACAGAAAUAAAGGUAAAAAUAGAUUCACACUAUGAUCACUGAUUUACAGAAGUAAUAUAUUAUCGUUAAUGAGUGCAGUUUCUUAUCAAAUAUAUUGAUCUAUCGCUGCGAGGUUCUAUUCUUAAUAUAAUACUAAAUAGCUGAGGCAAUGCACGGUUUUUCAACGCACUUUGAUGAGGCACGGUAUUCUUUAAGUUAGGUUGUAAAACUGUAUACUGUCCAAGUAUAAUAUUGUACCACAACUGCUGUUCUUCUUCAAAGGUCUUAUCUUCCCUUCACAGAGGACUUUCAGGGUACACCUGCUCUCGAUAGCUUACUUGGAAUGCUUCAUGAAAACUCCUGGUACAUAGAUGCACCAACAAAUCAAAGUCCUUGCGUUCACUGAUAUGAUUGCAAAUUAUUAAUAUUAAUCCCACUCUCCAGUAAGUGCAUCUCCAGAUUGCACAUGGCACACUUAGACCCAUUUCCUUGCACCCGACCUGUGGACUGGAGUAGAUGCAACAGCUAUUCUUGUUCCAUAUAUUAUUUUGCAUAUGGAAAGAAGAAUGCAGGCCACGUGAAUUUGAAACUGCACAGUGAUGUUUGCGUGAAAGCAGUACGUUUUGAGUUAAAUAGCUUGGGCAUCAGAGUACUGGGUACUACUUUUGCUUGCCAACAUUAUCCUCUUUUUUUUUAUAAAUCACGAUUUUGACUGCUUAUCCAUGGUAGUAUACCCUUAGAGCGAGACACUUUUUCUUGUCUUUUUUUAAUUUAAUCAAUGGUAGGACGUAUAAACUUAGCGCGAGGCACUUCUUCCUCUCUUUCUUUUAAAACUAAAAAUAAAA